CAAACUCCCAGGAAAAUUUGAAUUUAUAAUGAGAACUAAUAACUACGAUAAAAUCCGUAACAACGUAACGGUGUACUCACGGGGUGGCCGUCAAGAAAACCACUGGAUGUAUGGUCUUAGUCGCCGAUCCAAUGGUGGACUCGCACAUCGCAGCCACAAAUAGAGGAAGAAGAAGACUCAAAAUAUUGUGAGAAUUCUGAUCUCAGAAAACAUGUCCUGUAUAGUUCCGACGUGCCUAGGCAUCGUGUCCGAGGGCAGCACCCGUACAUUUCCCCAAAAUUCGGCGCUGGCCCAGCGUUGGCUACGGGCAAUUCAAAUCGGGUGCCAGCUGGGAGGAGGAAGUGACCCCGUUAUAGCCAAUUUCGGUUCCGAAGGCAGCAAUAUUUGCGAUGCCCAUUUCGAUUGCCACCAGGGUCGUGUUAUGAACGACUUGUACGUGGAACCGACUCUCUUUUGUGACAGUCAAGGAGUAUCGGUAUCAGUUUUAACAUGUUCGAUAUGUUUGGAGUUUUAUACGCAAAACGAGCUUCUCCGAUGUGACCAAAUCCUGGACUACAGAACUGUUCAGUUUGACAUGAUUGAAAAACUGCUCGGAACAAAAAUCUAUAGCUCCACCUUCGUGUGUAUGGAAUGUGUGGCUAAACUAGAGGUUAUAAGCUCAGUUUGUUCCUUUUUCGAAUUAUGUCAUAAAUCUAUCAAUUCACUUGAAGAAAUUAUCGAUAAAGUGGUUGAAGAUAAUUUAGACCAAGAGUUGAGACGAGGCGCAAAUGUAGACGAAGCGAUUAAGCUCGAACCGGAAGAACCCGUUUCCAAUACUAAAAAUAAUAACACCCUCAAAAAAUGCCAGAAGAAGAAAUUGACCUCGCACAAAAAGAUAUCUUGUACAAUUUGUCAAAAUGAUUUUAAAUCCAAAACAACGUUGAGAAGACAUAUGAUUCGGUUACAUCCCAAUGAAAAACCCUUCAAACGUCAGGCCUGUACGAAGACUUUUAAAGCAGAGAAGAGUUAUCUUACUCAUCAGGAACCACGUUCUAACGUGGAAAAUUUCCAAUGCCAGAUAUGUCAGAAAACUUUUGAAACAAGAAAAGGUUUAAGUUCGCACAAUAUUGUACAUUCCAUACAUGAGCGGUUCGAGUGUAAAAUCUGUGGAAAGGUAUUCAACUACAACUCGGGAUUGAAAAUUCAUUUGAAGAAUGUACACAACGACAUCGCUUCAUUGAUAGUCAAAUGUAAAAAGUGCGAUUUAAAUUUUCCCUCAGAAGACGACUUUCGACAACAUUCCAGCGAAAUUCACGGUGAUAACCAACCUUUCUCCUGUGAUGAGUGCAACACAAGAUACAAACACAAAGCGCAUCUUGUGAGUCACAUCAAAUUUCGACACCAAAACAAACCUCCAAAUAAGUGCCAUUGUUUGAUCUGUAAUCUGGGACAUUUGACAUUGGCGGAGCUAAAAGUUCACAUCCGGAACGAACAUGACGGUACCGAAUACCCUAGCUUAAGCUGUGCCGACUGUAAGAAGACAUUUAUCGCGGCAACAGUGCUGCAGCGACACAGGUUCGUCCACACUGACCGGUAUGGCUGCAAGAUAUGCGCCAAACGCUUCGAAGGCACAACCCAGCUGCGAAGACACCUCAGACUGAUUCAUCGAAAGGCCGCUGCCGUUGCCGCCACCGAGCAGGAUGACGACUCAAGAGCUAAUGCCUGCGAUGAAGGUGGAAAGGAAUAAUCCGGAAAGUAGUAUCAAAACCGUGAUCUGAGACACCAUUUUUUGCCUGGAGGAAUCCAUCUAGCUACAACCAAUAAUAUUCCAAAUUCAUUUCAACGACAUACAGUUGCUUCAUUACGGAUCAAAACGGUCCGACAUCUUAGUCGAGGCGUUAGAAGCUCCGUUUAUCCACAGAUUCAUAUCUCGGCACAAGAGAGUCGAGAAAUCGAAAUCUUAAGCAUCGGUCUUCCCCAGCAGAAUAAUAAUAGAGGUAUGACCAUUCUAAAUAAAACCAACAGCAAACAAUAAAAACAUCAAACAAAUAAAUGACUGAUUGAAAACUCGUUAAUUCCAGUAGACUUAGCGUAGUUUGUGUUUCAAUAUGAGCCAUGAGCUAACAAAAAUAUGUACAUCAACGUUUUUAACACAGUUUUCGCAGUAAGCACGGGUUUUUUCAACGGUUUUCAGAAUUAACAGGGUAUCUUUGAGGUAAUUUUCAAUAGAAAACCUUGGAUCAGAGGCUUGAAAGGUUAAUCCUGAGACAUGGUCGGGAUUCGACCAGACCGAAAGGAGCGCCAAAUUGAAAAACGUUAUCUAUUGCAUGUUAAACUACCUACUCUAUGGAAAUCGGGAAAUUUUUCCAAUUUUUUAUGAUUUUAUUGAAAGAAAAAAUGUUGUAGACAGUGGAAUUGGCAAAACUGCACUGAACCAAACCUGGCUAUGAAAUUUAAAAGAUCGAUCCAAUAAAUCUUAUAGUUCUGGUACUAAUAGAAGCUAUAGAUAAAUCCAAUAAAAAUUAUAAGAAAGUCCAAUGGAUUACAAAAAUUAUCUGUGCCAAGCAAAGCAUACAAGAAUUUCCUAUAAAUUUCAUCAGUUUGAAAAAAAGGUCAUUUGGCGGGAUAAUUCGUCCUUUCCGUGUACUUGAGUUCGUUUCAAGUUUGUUGGUUUUUCGAUUGGUAAGUAAAUUGUUUUCAAUGUGAUUAUCGAAAUAGAAAUUGCUAAAUUUCAAAAUGCGCCGUGGAAAUUGAUGAUAUAUGUAUCCUUCUUUAGGUAAAUCUUUGUAUCCCAGAGGGGGAGCAGCCCAGAAGAAAAACUCCGGAUUUGAGCGACUGCGAGUACGAUUUUAUACUACAACAGAACAGGUAAUCCGUGAUUUUAAAAAUUAAUUUAUGUUGAAAUUGAAAUUGUGGUUUGCUUUUAGAUUACAUCAAAUUGUCAGAAUAGUCGGAAAAAAAUAAAGCUAAUGCAGUCUACAGACGGAAACACCAGAUAGCAAUACUAAAUGUGGUCAGCGGCCAACACCUUAACCACAACCGAUUUCAACGAAAAAUUUGAGCAUAUCCCAGAUGAACUGUCGGUACAUUGCUAGUCCUCCAGAAAGCAGUGAAUUGUGUGUGAAAUUGGCGAUCGAGUUUGUUUGGUAGACGAGAAUAAAAUGUAUUAACCAUCAAUAAAAACUUCAAAUAAUUAUUCAACUUGGAAAUAAAUUUGAAUAAAACUAAUAAACUGAACGAGCAUAUUUUAUUACGCGAUAAAAUCAUUCAUUUCAUUACAUUGAACAAUAAAUUUUAUGAAUUUGGCUUGCUUUA